CUUGUGGUGUUCCAUAUUUACACUUGGCCUUUACGUAACUGUUACAAGAGGUCGUCUUAAAUUCAAGUUAGUUAGGUUUCUGUUGGUCACACAUGGCUCUCCGAAGGUGUCUGGGAUUUUUUGGAGCCGACUGCCGACGUUUAUGGCACAGUUAUGUCCUUCACAGUGCCUCAGCCCAGCGCGAACGAGUUUUUUCCAGUCUGAAUUUCAACACCCACCCAUUUUGCACUAAGGUAUGGCUGGGUAGCCGCACAUUCGCCUCAGUCACAGCGAGCACAGAUGUGACUUACGAACAGCUGCGGAAGCUCCUGGCGGGUGGCAAGUCUGUUGUUAUAGACGUCAGAGAACCAUGGGAGCUCCGGGAGUACGGCUUCAUCCCGGGUUCCAUUAACGUCCCAUUGGGCCAGGUGAACGCAGCCCUGCAGCUUGGUCCAGAAGACUUCAAGGAGAAGUACGGUGGUGAGAUGCCUGAACAGGCGGAUAAGAUAGUGUUCACUUGUCUGAAAGGCAUCCGGAGCAAGACUGCAUUAGAUGAAGCCACCUCUCUGGGAUUCAAAGAUGUCCAGCAUUACCCAGGAGGAUGGCAAGACUGGGCUAAAAAUGAACGAAACUGAAGACUCAUCUCCAACCCAAGCAUUUUUUUCCUUUUCUUUCUUAUAAAUGACAGCUGUCAACAUCUGCGGUAAUCUGAGAUUGUUAAUGAUUUUUUUGCACGCUUGACUUUAUCACUCAUUGAUUUUUUUGAAUUUUGCAACUACAGCACAUAAUCAGAUUUAAGGGCUAACACCAUGCAGCUUAUGUCAUUAAAGUACAAUGACUGAUAGUACAGCAAUAAUACUUGCCAUAAUUUUUCUUUUUGGUUCUGCAUAUAUCAUGGAGUAAAAAAACAAGAAAUAAAGGUAAAAUUGCAACAUGUAAAAUGUAGUGAACGCACAUAACGACAUGGAUUUUGAGUUGGAAGGCUACGAGAGUACGGAACUCAAACAAUCAACAACGAUGAGCGAAUUCAAGAAACAACACAAGCAGUUGAUGUUUGCUAAAUACAAGGAUGAAGAGUCUUGAACCAGUCAUGUUGUGUCAUAUAUCACUAUUUUGACGGCUAUUAUGUUAACCAUUAUGUCAUUAUAUGGUUAAAUUACCUUAUACUUCAGUGUGCGUUAAAGAAAAAAAUAAUAUAUACAUUAAAAAUCAUAUCAGGAAGGCAGGAAGUGAACAAAUGUAACAGAUACUUUUACAAUCUGUACCAGAUGGAGGGGUAGGAUUUAAUAAGCUUUGCUUCUUCCUACUCCUUUUGGACAUGUGGAACUGUGAAUUAUGUGAUGCACUCAAUUGUAACCUGAUGCAUGUUCAAAUAAAAUGUAACCAUUACCAAAAUAACGGAUGAUUAAAGGAGAUUUACAGAAGAUGCCAAUGUUUUGUUUUUUCCUUUUCACUGUAAUUCAGUGUAAACAUUUUAUAUUGUGUUGAAAUGUCAGUGCAUCUCAUUCUGAAUAAAUG